CACCAACACCGCAUUCCAACACCACCACCACCACACUCCACCAACACCGCACUCCACCACCACCACCACUCCGCCGCGAUGCCGCUGGUGCACCGGGUUCUCUUCACGUGGCUCUUCACCAUGUCCUUCCUGGUGCUCGCCGUGCUCAAGCUGGACAACCGCGUCAGCUGGAACUGGUUCCUGGUGUUCGUGCCUCUGUGGAUCUUCGACACGGCGCUGCUCGUCAUGCUGGCCGUGCGAAUCGUGAGCCACUGCCGCACAGGCCACGACCAGGCCGACGUGACACUGCGCAAGAAAGCGUGGUACUUGCUGGCCGUGCUGCUCAAGCUCGCCUUCUUGCUGGCCGUGUGCGCCUGGCUGCAGUCGGCGCCCGCCGCCGCUCCGCUCUACUUCCUCUUCGUGCCCCUGUGGCUGCUGCUGCUGGGCGCAGCCGCCGACCUGGGUCACCACGUGUUCUGGGUGCUCGUCUAGCAAAGCGGGCGCGGAUCGCUGCGGCGACAUGCGGUGGCGAUGUUGUUGUUGAGCUGGGAUGGAGGAGGAGGAGGAGAGCAAUGCUAGGCAGUGUAAACACGCGCACGGGGAUGAUGUUAAAUGUGAAUGCAUUUCGGGUGAAUGGUUCACGCGCUGUCAACUCGACCACCAGCCAAUCUCGGUUGUUAACUCGACUGCCAACAAGCCACUCAAAACGACACUCCGCUACACCACACACACUCUCAAAACAACACCAAAAGAUAACAACCCACGCAAACCAUUAACCCACUCAACCAGCCAAAAACACACAGCGCACUCGAUGAAUACACGCGGGACAACACAUUCGGCUCAAUCAUCAACACACUCAAACCAACCCACAUAACUAUCCCACCCAAUCAGCAAUCCACCGAAUUGGCAACCUAUCCAUUAACCAGCUCAACUUUGCUACGAAUUAAUGAAUGGUGAAUGCGGGCCAUCUAGUCCGCAACUCUAACCUACCCCAGCAGCGGCAGUGAAGACGACAUCCCUAGACGGACAUCAGCUCCCCAACAGACAUUCGUAAACCCACACACCCAGGAGCGUGGAACGAGACAUUUGGAAAAAACUUCGCUCCAAAACCACCAUUAUCCUAGAAGCUGGAGAUUGUGCUGUAUACGGAGGCGUUUUCUCCCGAACCAACGCUUCCAUCUCGGCAAGCAGUCACUUUGGUUGACUCCCGUCCUCUGGUCACCCAGCCGUGAGCAUGGGACUUGACAUUUAGUGUGGAGGAAGGCUCUGCUUCCACCCGUGAGAAUUGGAGAGGAAUCUUGGCUGCGAACAACGUGCUGUUAUCGAGGAUACGCGGGUGGCUGGAUGCCAACAAGCAGACGGUUGCAUCAACAGAAGCAGACAUUACCACGGCCGACUCCCACAGCACAGGCAGGCACCGAAGGCUGGGCUCGCGCAUCCACCUGGUACGAGACCACGGGUCUCGGAUGUCUCCAGUCUCUCCAGGGCCAUACGGGCAUGGGACACGAAAGGGCUGAUGGUUUUGUGGAAGCGUGCCGGUAAAACUUGCUAAGCGUGUGGUGGAAAGACUUGUUCAAUCCAACUGGACUUGGCCCAGACGUGUAGAUUUCCUGGACUGUGUUACCUGGUCGUAUGGGCUGCUGGACGUGGUGGUUACAGAGCCUUCUUGAUGACAAGUUAGAAAUGAAAGUCAUAUGGCACUGCUAGGGCCAAGUCAAGAACCGCAUUGCCCACACACACACACCAAUGCAGGCUUAAUGCACACAAGCAUUGGUUUAACCUACAGUGACAUGUUUAAUGAAUAAACAGGACUGCUGUAGUUUAAAGGUGAAACCAAUCGUUGGGCAUGGUUAUGUUCACGUGGAGAUCCUACAGGACACCCGUUUCUUUAAGGAACUUAACAAUUAUCUACUCAUCUGAUGAGAAUUGCUUGUAUGCCAUACACCUGCUGAGCUCCCAUGUGCAUGUUUGCAUCGAAACAUUGCAGCAGCACAUAGUGUAAGUUUAUUUAGAGCUGUUAUGGGGCUGAAUGGUGCACCAGAAUUUAAAUUGAGACGAAGGCUUGUGGUAUGGUAGAGGGGCAUCUGUGCAAUGAUUUAUGAAGUGUGUAGCGUUGAGUAUUUGAAUGUUGCGUUUGUUAAUCUUUGCAACCAUGGUACCUGUUGUAUAUUCAUGUUUUUGACGAUGUAUACUUGGCAUUUUAAUUCCAUUUACAUUCAAGCUCACUUGGUUAAUAAAGCUAAUAAAAAUUGGUGUUUA